AUGGCAGCUCUUCGGUACGGCAUGCCAUCCGGACAGGUACACGAGGGGCCCAUUUCCAUCAUUACCGCCUAUCCCACCGAAAUUGAAGCCUUCCGCGCUUAUGCCAGGUCUUUCCCCCAACGCACUAUUCUGCUGCUGGAUACCUACGACACCAUCGAGGGCGCCUACAAUGCCGUGCAGGUCGCAAAAGAGCUGGAGGCCUCCGGGCACCGGUUGGUAGGCGUCAGGCUGGAUUCGGGUGACUACCUGGAGCUGAGCAAGCAGGUCCGCCGUAUCCUCGACGAUGCCGAUCUUGAUGCACACGUCAGGAUCGUCGUCAAUGGCGCAGGGAUCGACGACAUCACGAAAAAAUAA